CAUACACCCCCCCCUCCCCACCCUUUGUGAAAAGUCAGAGGCGUUUCGUCCCUCGUGUUUGUGUGAACUUGGAAGCUAGCUUUGUGUACAAAAUCUCACAGGCGCUGUUCAAUUCAUGCGUACGCCAGGUUAGGGCUUACGUGCGGCAUGCUAUCCACGUGAAAAGGCGUUGUUCCGGAUCCCGAUUUGCAUAUUGGUUACCUCUUCAAUUUACCUCACAAUCAGACCGCCAAAACUCACAUUCCACGCUGGCGUGCAACUUCUGAGACUUGUCGACAGAAAAGGGGCGAAGAUUCACUGGAACACGAAAGUUAACUUAAGACUUCACGCCGACUCUGAACCACCGCCAUGUACCGUACGGACCCUGCGCCUCCCGUGGCCGUCCCCAUGCCCGGCCCAGCACCAGGGCAUAUUAAGGUCUCCGAGUCGCAGGCUGACCUGGUCCGGAACAUGGAGACCCAACCCGCCAAGGGGGCCCAGCAGGAGGAGUACGAUCCCUGGCACGUCGCUAGGCUCAAGGACGAGGGCACCAAAUGGGGAGAAUUAGACAGUAAAGGCAAGGCCCUGCGCGUGGUAGGUUAUAUUAUGAAGCCGCUGCUGCUGUUGGGGCUGAUCUAUCUGUUCAUCUGUUCCCUGGACUUCCUCAGCUCGGCCUUCCGACUCUUGGGAGGCAGAGCUGCGGGAGAAACCCUGAGUAACAACGAGCUCCUAACCAACCCUGUAGCGGGCCUGAUGAUUGGCGUGUUGGCCACCGUGCUGGUGCAGAGUUCUAGUACUAGCACCUCCAUUGUCGUCACCAUGGUUGGAGCGAGCAUUCUGGAGGUGAAACCAGCAAUUCCUAUCAUCAUGGGAGCGAACAUCGGCACCUCGGUCACCAACACCAUCGUCUCACUAGCGCACUCUGGCGACAAGGACGAGUUUCGCAGGGCUUUCGCCGGUGCGACCAUUCAUGACAUGUUCAACUGGCUCAGCGUGAUCGUGCUUUUGCCGCUGGAGGUGAUAUCAGGUUACCUCUUUCACCUGUCGGCCGCCAUCAUCGAUUCGUACAACAUCCAAACUAACAAGGACGCCGAGCAGGAGAUUUUGAAGGUCAUCACCAAGCCCUUCACUAGUCUGGUCAUACAGAUCGACAAGAAAGUGAUCACCAAAACCGCACAAGGUCUGAACGAAACCGGCAGUCUGCUGAAGGAAGGGGACUACCUGUUCGCCAACACGGGUCUGAGCGAGAGCGAGCUCGGUGUGGUGAUCCUCAUCCUGGCCCUGAUCAUCCUGUGUGUCUGCCUCGUCCUCAUCGUCAAGCUGCUGCACUCCAUGCUGAGGGGAAGAGUGGCCUACUGGACCAAGAAGAUCAUCAACGCUGAGUUCCCCGGCAAGGCUGCGUUCCUGUCCGGUUACCUGGCCAUCGCGGCCGGGGCCGGUAUGACGUUCAUAGUGCAGAGCAGUUCCAUCUUCACCUCGGCGCUCACGCCACUGGUCGCCGUGGGAGUGCUGCACCUCGAGCGGUGCUACCCGCUCACGCUCGGGGCAAACAUCGGCACGACUGCCACUGCCAUUCUAGCCUCCCUGACUAAUGACGGACAGGACCUGAAGAACUCACUCCAGUUGGCUCUCUGCCAUUUCUUUUUCAACAUCAGCGGCAUUGUUCUCUGGUACCCCAUCCCAAGUCUGGUGGAGUCAUGCAAACCAUCGAUGAGCAAGUGGUUCCCCCACCCACCGAUCGUGCUGGCCAAGUGGCUCGGCAACAAGACGGCCAAGUACCGCUGGUUCGCGCUGGUCUACCUGUUCCUGAUGUUCUUCAUCCUGCCGGCGCUGGUGUUCGGGCUGUCGUUCGCCGGUUGGCAGGUGCUGGUGGGUGUCGGCGUGCCCAUCCUGCUGAUCUUCAUCGUCAUCUGCAUCAUCAACGUCAUGCAGGUGCAGUUUCCGCGUUUCCUGCCCGCCAAGCUGCGCAACUGGAACUUCCUGCCCUCACCCCUGCACUCCCUCAAGCCGUACGACGCCGUGUGCGUCUUGUGCUGCAAAGCGGUACAGCGUUCACCCUGCGGGCGAUACUGCAGAUGCAAAUGCUGCCGACAGAUGACGGACGAACCUCCCGUGGAACAGGUGAAUGUUAACACAUACCUGUAGACACGUGAUCUUGGGCACUUGCAGUACGUCACAUGUUCCCGUGCAGUACGUCACAUGUUACCGUGCAGUUCGUCACAUGUUCCCGUGCAGUACGUCACAUGUUCCCGUGCAGUACGUCACAUGUUCCCGUGCAGUACGUCACAUGUUCCUGUGCAGUGCGUCACAUAUUCCCGUGCAGUACGUCACAUGUUACCGUGCAGUGCGUCACAUAUUCCUGUGCAGUACGUCACAUGUUCCAUUUCAACAGUAUGUCAUAUUUUCAAGUGCAGUUUGUCACGUUUUUGUGUCACAUGCUUCCUAUAGCACCAUGAAGACCCAGAAAAUGUAUAUCGAAAAUUAAUGUGCCCUUUCAUGCCUUUCAUCCACAGCGUUUUUUUUCUGUUUUGUAUCAAUAGUUAUUACAAGCAGGGAGGAGCAUCAGGUAUUUGCCUUUCGCCGAAAUGUUUUUUAUCUAUAUUCGGGACAUCACUAGAACUACUAAUUCCCUAAAAAUGGAUUUUGAAAUGGCAUGUCUAUGUUAAUGGAACUUUUUUCAUCAAUAUCAAAAUUAUCAAUGUUUUCUGUUCAGUAAAAUUGUACAGGGUGGUGAUGUGAUCUAUGCAUUCUUUAUCAAAUUCUAAACUUGGAGAUGACCACCAAGUCUUCCAAAGAUUCGUACACAGUAUUAACACAGGUGACAUGGACCUGGACAGAAGCUUGUUUAUAAGGUAAAUGGAAGACACAAAUGUAAUGAAAUACAAUCACAUGAACCUUAACUAAAUGAUGUUUCACUGUUUGGCUACUGAUGAUUUACAUUAAUAUUUCUGAGACCUAAUAUAAUGCAAUGAACAUGAUGUCUUUAGUAUUAUGUAAUCAUAUAAUACAGUACACAGAAUCAUAGUUCUGGAGAUUUAAGAUGCCAUUUGUCCUUCGAAAGCCUUGCCAAAGAUGAACACAAUUAUCAAACAUUAAAUGCUUCUACCGGUGCUGUUGGGUGUAAUUCAUAAUGUUAAUUAUCAAUUUUAAUUGCGGAAAUUGUACUCUGGAAGAUGGGAAACUUACUAAUUUGAAAAUCGUAUUUUGUGUUUAAGAUUUUUCCAACGGUUGUAUGUAUAAGGAUGAACUUUCAGACUCUGGGUACGAUUGCCAUAACCCAAAGCGUGUAAAUGUAGCAAACCUAACCAUGUGGUGGUGGUAUCUAUUAUGUAUAUAUACUGUAAUGUCUGGCGCCAGAAUGCUUGCCUUUGUAUAUGUAUUUAGUACUUUCCUCUUAAGAAAUGUUUUCGUGUCUUUAUCUUCGGAUCUUUAGUACACAUUGCGAAGUACUAUAUUUUAACCAAGACUACUCAUUGAUCAAUAAAGAGUGGGGAGACUAUUGA